GUGGACCAAGGAGUGGCUGGAGCCUCCUAGCUCUGCAGGCCCCCAGAGUGAGAGCGGGGCUGGUGGGGGUCCCACACCUCCCUCCUCUGCCCGCUCUGCUCAGCCUAGCCAAUUUUCUUGCUUAUACAAUGAAAAGCCAUACCGCUGCAACUUUUCUGAAGAGAAGACCCCGAUGGUAGCGUCUCAGUUGGAUGAACUCCCGAAGCUGGGAAGCCGCAACGCCAGAGAAAAUGAGGCCAGGGAAUCAAAACCAGAAAUCCCUGCCCUGGUGUCAGCAAUGGAAAGUGUCAUCAAGGAGCCCUUUUCGAAAUACCAAGAUCUAAAAGUUUCUGUAGAUAUAAAGAUGCCAGCAUUUCACCACAGCCAAGGGCUUCCUUGCUCCAGUCGCAUUGCUAGCUUUGCUUCAGGUGUGGGCCAGACGUCUACAAACAUGGUCAUGGACUUGAAAACGUCACUUGAAGUGCAGGCUAGUCACACUAGAGAAAAUUUGCUAGACUUAAACAGGGAGCAUCUUCUGCUAGAAAAAGGUGCUGAAGCUCAAGUGGUAGUUCCACUUGAUUUGAGUGAAAAAUCAACAAGGGAUAAUUCAUGCAAUAAAAAUCUGAAUACAUCCUUGCAGGCUGCUUUAAUUGUCUACCCGUGUCCCUUCUGCAGUCACAAGACCUACUAUCCUGAAGUUCUGUGGAUGCACAAAAGAAUUUUGCACAAAAUCAGCUGUAACUCCAUGGUCCCCCCUUGGGUUCAACAGAACGGAUUCAAGAGUAUUAAAAACAACCUGGCAAGGAGUGGACGUACUGGCCCCCCUCCUGUUCUUGGUGGUAAGGAAUGUCAGCCUUUGCCUGUUGCCAGAUUUAUGCGCACUCAAGUGCCAAGUGCAUUGCCAGGCUCCAAAAGCAGCUCUCUUUCUGUCGGGAUGACUGCGAAGUCUGGGAGUACGCAUCAGUCAAAAGACGGUCAUGCCUUUGGCCACUGUGGUCCACGCUUAUCAGGUCUGGAUGGGUACAGGGAGCCCAAGUUAAACCAUUCCCAGGAGCAAUACAGCAUAGCGGCACAACAAAAAAGUAAAUAUGAAGCAAAUUCCAAACUUUUGCAAAUGGGAGCCUAUGGCAGAAGCGUAACGCCUACUCAGACAGUCAUAUCCAGGCCUAGCACACAGGCCACCAACAGUAAGCAAGUGGAAAAGUACAUGGUUCCCCAAGGAAGUACUAGUUUUGCCCCUCCAGGUAAGCACUGUGCAUCCGACUCCAUGAAGGCCAAAUUCAGCCCACCACCACAGUAUCAUCCGCUGUGUAAAAGCGAGCAGUACACUAAACAUGAAGAGCCAUUGGUGCCUCAGAGGGAGUCUCACAUGAAGGCUGGGAAUGAGAUGAGGACAUUGGCAAACUGCACAGCAGUAGCACGAGCGAGUCCUUUGCUGCAGCCCCAGCCUGGUGGCACGGGAGUUUCUCCGGCUUUACACUCCAGCAAACAGGAUCUGGGAUCAGAUGGUCAUGAGAAACGUUUGGACGUUUUAAAUAUCUUUAAAACAUACAUUCCAAAGGACCUUGCUUCGUUGUACCAAACCUGCAGUGCCAACAGCCCUGUCCUGGAUCACACAGGUAAGAUUUUCACAAGCCCUUCCAUAGCUGAGGACGUGGCUUGCUUGUUCCUGCUUCGUUUGGAGCCACGACACGCUGUUUCACAGUUUCUUCCUUCUCUCCCUUUAAUG